AUGAUACUGGUUGUCAAAAUAGUUGUGAGAUCUCUGAAGACUACGGCUGAAAAUCAUGGAUUUGAUUUAUGUCCAAGGUUUUUCCUGGGCAUGAAAUACCAUUUCCUUGGUGGGUAUGCCAAUAGCAGAGUAGAGGACUUAAUAAUCUUACUCCAUGUAAAUGUAACUAUGUUUUAUGACAAUCUAGAUGAACUCGCAAAGAUUAGUCGCUUGAAAAAUAUUGGAGGACAAAGGGAAGACAAAAGUAAAUUGACAGCAGAGAAUAUGCUCAAGGCAGAACUUGAACAAAUGGUGCAAUGGACUUCAUCCACAGAAUGCACUGUUCCAUCACAGACAGCAUUUGGGACGAUUUAUAAUGUAGACAUUGUCAAUGUAGUGUGCAAUUGUCCAGCUGCAACAACAAGAGGUAUGUUUUUUUUUAUUAUCUUAAGUCAGUUCAACAAUGUUUAA